AUGAUGAUAUCGCGACGGAGCUAUCUGCUUCCCACCAUUAUUCUCCUAUGCAUUACAUACGCUCUUUUCUCAAACCUACCGCCUGGUGCGGAGCCACCUCAUCACCAUCACCAAUACUCGACCGACCCUCCUCCACACAAAGAAGGUAGGGCUCGUUGGCGGAAGCAUGUCGAACAAUACCCAAUUUCCGACUACAUUCCUCUUCCCACGACUGCGACAUCGCCUAUCCCACGGGUCCAGUAUGACUUCCCUAGGGAGUCGUGGUUCGCACGAUGGGGAAGAGUGAAAAGGCAGAAUGCGGUCAAGAAAGCAUUCCAGCAUGCGUGGAAAGGAUAUAAGGAUAAUGCCUGGCUAGAAGAUGAACUCUCGCCCUUAAGCGGUGGCCACCGCGAAACAUUUGCGGGUUGGGCAGCUACUCUUGUCGAUUCCUUGGAUACGCUCGUUAUCAUGGGCCUCAUGGACGAAUUUGAGGAAGCCGUUGAAGCAGUCGAGUUCAUUGAUUUCACGACCACUAAUGCCAUCCAAAUCAAUAUCUUUGAGACCAACAUCCGCUACUUGGGCGGGCUUCUUGGUGCUUAUGAUUUGACCAAUGGUAGAUAUCCGGUUCUCUUGAAGAAGGCAGUUGAAAUUGCAGAUAUGAUCUAUGGGUCUUUCGAUACUCGUAACCGAAUGCCGCAAUCGCGGUGGGAAUGGACCAGAUCUGCUGGAGGUCUGAAGAUUGAGGCCGGCCGAAACACCGUACUUGCUGAACUCGGGUCCUUGAACCUGGAAUUCACGCGGCUGUCUCAACUGACCCAUGACCCCAAGUACUUUGACGCUAUCCAAAGGAUCACCGAUUUCCUCGAAGGAUCCCAAGAAAAAACUAAUGUACCUGGGAUGUGGCCCCUGAUGGUCAACGCCAAGGAUUUGGAAUUUGCUGACCCCCGAUUCACUAUCGGAGGAAUGGCUGACUCGACAUACGAGUACCUCCCUAAGGAGCACAUGCUGCUGGGAGGACAGACAAGUCAGUACCGUAAAAUGUACAACUCCUUCAUGAAAGCAUUGAAAAGCCACUUGCUUUUCCGCCCGAAGACUGAGGAUGGCCGAGAUAUCCUCUUUGCUGGAAACAUGCGUGUCCCUGCACCCUCGGACGGCAAUGAAACCCUAGAGCCCCAAUGGGAGCAUCUCAAAUGCUACCUCGGAGGCACUGUAGGCAUCGGUGCCAAGGUUUUUGACCGUCCAGAGGAAUUAUCUAUUGCACGAAAGUUAGUCGACGGAUGCAUUUGGGCCUACGACGUCAUGCCCACCGGAAUCAUGCCCGAGACCCUGCAUCUAACCGUGUGCAAGAACACCGAAAACUGCAAAUUGUCCAGAAGCGCCCGCGCCGGGAUAACGACAUCGGACGGAAAGAAACUCCCACCAGGCGUAGCUGAUAUUCCAGAUGCCAAGUACCUGCUACGACCCGAAGCCAUCGAGUCGGUAUUCAUCAUGUACCGCUUAACAGGAGACAGAUCUCUGCAAGAUGCCGCCUGGAGGAUGUUCCAAAACAUCGAGAGAAUGACACGCACCUCGUACGGACAUGCAGCAAUCUCCGAUGUUCGGGACCCCGAGUCACCGCAAAUGGACUACAUGGAGAGUUUCUGGCUAGCGGAGACGCUGAAAUACUUCUAUCUUAUUUUCUCUGAGCCGGAUCUCGUAAAUCUGGAUGAAUAUGUAUUGAAUACUGAAGCGCAUCCGUUCAAGCGUCCGACUGCUGCGAGUCAAUAA